CUUUAACUGUCAUAACAUUUUGAACAUUUCAUAAAUAAAUUUUCCAAAAAAAUAUCAUUUUCUAAAAAUAUUUUUAAAAAAACAUUACAAUACUUUCCAAAUUCUCUGUGAUAUUCUUAAAAAUUUUAUAAAAGUAAAAAAAUCAUAUAAAAAGCUUAAAAAAAUGGCUUUAUCUAGUAUCAAAAAAAUAAAUUUCCUAAAUCUGCUGAGAUUUCCUAAGAACUACAACUCGUAUUUAACACAACGUCUACAGUCCUCUAAAGCCGCCAACGGAAAAGAAGCAAGAUCAGCUGAGUGUAGCAAGCCUCCACAACCAAAAUGUGGUGUACGCUUUAAAAAUGAACCUUGCGAAAUAAAAAGAGCUAAACCCGCCAAAUUGCCUCAACCAGCUCCGCCUUCGCUACCGCAAGAUAAAGUGGAAAUCAAAAUUAAACGUAGUGUCUAUUGUUGUGGUGAUCCUUGUCCCGAUGCUUUACCACGUUUUGACAAACUUUACUACAGACGUUCGGAUAAGGCGGAGCGUGAUUAUCAACAAACUUGGAAUGAGUGUCCUGAACAAUUUAUACGACCCAAAGUCAUCUGCUGUCAUAAACCCAUUAAACCCAAAUUCAAAAAGCGUCCUCGCAAAGAACGCCCUAAAACCGCUUGCAAAGCAGAUGUUUGCUUGCAGAGUAAAACCAAAUGUCCCUAUAUCAAAAUGCCCGAUUGUAAGGAGGGUAGAAAACCACCUUCCUGUUUGACUCAAAGAAAACCGGCUAAAUGUUUGAAGAGAAAUCCACCUUAUCCCUCAUUCUCAGAAUGUAAACGUGUUAGACCUAAGGGCAGACAUCCGAUUGAAUGUAAGUGCUUGGCUAUACCAUCGAUCUGUGAGGUGUGGGCUUAUCAUCAUAGACAAGCGGCCAUUAAGAAGCCGGAGAGUUGUUAAAGCUCUAGAGUUGAUAUUCAAAGUUAAAUGUUUUUCAAAUGUAAAAAAUUGUUAAAAAAUUUUACCGUAAUUUUAUGAAAUAUAUUUUAUCAACGGUUUUCUAUAAA